AACAGUAGGAUACGAGGAAUGAAGAGGGAAAUGGAGAAAUAAAAGGAAAAAGAGAGGAGGACCUCUCAUCCCAUCCGUCCGUUCUAACAAGAAGGAAUUUAAGCGACUUCUCUACGCUCGAAAUUGUCUCACUAUUUCUUUCUCUCUCUCAUUUACUAUUGAUCUCACACUCUGGUCAUGGCUGUACAAGGAACUAGCCUGCUAGAGAAUCCAAUUCAAGCGGUGCUGUACCUUAGAGAACUGACCACUAUAGUUCAGAACCAGCAGAGCCUCAUCCAGACACAGCGCCUGCGCAUUGACGAACUGGACAGGCGCGUGGACGAGCUACUAGGGGAGAACAGGAAUCUGCGCGAGGCAAGAGGAGUACAACGUCACCAUCAUUACCCGGACCCGAACAUUCAUCAUCAUCCUCAGCACCAACAUGCAGAACCACAAGACGUGAGGUCUGUGCCCACCCUGACCCCGCCUGAACACCCUGAGCCAGAAACGCCACUUCCUCAGCCCGCGAAUCCGGAAGCCAUGCAGUUGGUACCGGCCCAUGCCCAGCCGCAGUCACCAAGCCCUCCACCAGGCGAGACCAAAGGAGAGGACGGCAGCACCAGUCCGGGCUGUCGUACAUUAGUUCCCCUGGCUCCCCUCACUCCUAACACUCGCUGCCGGUCGCUGGCUCUUGCCAGGCAAUCAGAGAAUCAGACUGUACUACACCAGUUCUGUUGUCCUGCUCCGGAGGCUACGGACGCUGAUCUCACCGGCUCGUCCAGUGAUGGGCAGCUUCUGAGUCUCGAAGGUGGGACUUCCUCCAGCAUACAGGAAGGAGAGAGAUCAGGGGGCAUGGCACGGAGAGAGGGACCCAGCGAUUACGAACUUGCCCUGGAGAACAAGACCAAACAGAUAGAGGAGUUGGAGCAGCGGUACGGGGGUCACUUGGUGUCGCGACGUGCUGCGUGUCGCAUUCAGACAGCGUUCCGUCAGUACCAGCUCAGUAAGAACUUCCAGAAGAUCAGGAACUCUCUGUCAGAGAGCAAGUUGCCACGCCGCAUCUCCCUGCGUCGGCCCAACCCCAACCGAGGCCAGAACCUCACCCAGCGGCACAGCUUCCUGUUAGAGACCGGGGGGCCCCCCAUACGCCCCAAAACACCCCCACCACCCCCCUCACGUUCCACCUCCUUGCCCCCGUCGACAUCCACCAUCCCGGCCCCCGGCCCUUCGCUCACACAGCUGGAAGACUGCUUCUCAGAGCAGGUGCGCUCUCUGGCCCAUUCGAUAGAUGAGGCCCUGCGUGGGUGGAGUCUGUCGGAGGGGGUUGAGGGAGGGGCUGGGGGGCUGCUGAUGGACCCUGGGGCAUUUCGGGCGGCUGCUCAGAGUGCCUGUAUGCCUCGCAGUGCCAGCUCCCUGCUCAUGGCCUUCAGAGAUGUCACCGUUCACAUUGACACCAACAACUACACCGUCUCCACCACCACCACCUCCACUACCACCGCCACCCACGGCAAUGCAGGGGCCCCCGGAGGAGGGAGCAGACAGACCUCAAUGGACAGAGGGGGAGGAGAAGGUGGAGAAGUGAGGAGGCAAUCAACAACCUCCCAGCUUGGGGGUGAGGAGGAGUUCCCUGCCCCCCCUCCCAGUGAGGAGUUGUUGGUGGACGGAGGGUCGAGGAGGGGGUCCACUGUGACAGGGCAGGGGGGAGACCAGGGAGGUCAUAGUGGCUUGGAGAGACUUGGAUCCACCUCAACCUCCAUGUCAGCACAGUCCAACCAAUACAGUGGUCACCCGUCAUAUCCCCAGUACCCCCAAUACUCCACCUAUCCCCAGGCACACCACCCCCAGCCCCAGCCAGACUCCCAGACAGCCAGGAACCAGGCCCUGGUCCUCUCUGUACCCAGAGACCACUGCCAGGACCCUGCCUCCUGCCCAUCCCCCACACUCUCCACUGACACACACCGCAAACGACUGUACCGCAUCGGACUCAACCUCUUCAACGUGAAUCCAGAGCGAGGCAUCCAUUUUCUGAUCACGCGUGGUUUCGUCCCAGACACGCCCAUGGGUGUGGCCCACUUCCUGUUACAGAGGAAGGGCCUAAGCCGACAGAUGAUUGGAGAGUUCCUUGGGAACAGCAAGUUGCUCUUCAACAGAGACGUCCUGGACUGUGUGGUGGAUGAGAUGGACUUCUCAGGAAUGGAACUGGAUGAGGCUCUGAGGAAGUUCCAGGCUCACAUCAGAGUCCAGGGAGAAGCGCAGAAGGUGGAGAGGCUCAUUGAAGCUUUCAGUCAGAGGUAUUGUAUGUGUAAUCCUGAGGUGGUCCAGCAGUUCCAUAACCCAGACACCAUCUUCAUCCUGGCCUUUGCCGUGGUCCUCCUCAACACCGACAUGUACUCCCCUAACAUCAAGCCUCAGCGCAAGAUGGGCCUCGACGACUUCAUACGCAACCUACGAGGGGUGGACGAUGGAGCAGACAUCCCAAGGGAGAUGGUGGCAGGGAUCUAUGAGAGAAUCCAGCAGCGAGAGCUACGCUCUAAUGAAGACCACGUCAACUACGUCAGCCGUGUGGAACAGUCCAUACUUGGCAUGAAGACAAUCCUGUCUGUGCCACAUCGUAGGCUGGUGUGCUGCUGUCGUCUUUUUGAGGUGGCGGACUACAACAAACCUCUGAAACAGAAACUGGCCAACACCCAGAGAGAAGUGUUCCUCUUCAAUGACCUCAUACUGAUCCUGAAGCUGUGUCCUAAGAAGAAGACUUCUGCCUCCUACACUUUCUGUAAAGCCAUGGGUCUACUGGGCAUGCAGUUCCACAUGUUCAGCAACGAAUACUAUGCUCAUGGCAUCACCAUGUUGAGCCCGUUCUCGUCAGAGAAAAAGCAGACGGUGAGUUUCUGCUCCCCCAGUGGGGAGGAGCUCAGAAAGUUCACGGAGGAGCUACGGGAGUCCAUAACCGAGGUCAACGAGAUGGAACAGAUACACAUCCAAUGGGAGCUGGAGAGAGAGCAGGGGGCCCAGACCCACCCUCCCCACACCAACGGAGGACAGGUGGACACAGUCAGUGGACUGACAGGAACCCCGGCCGGCCAGCAGGAGUUGUAUGACAAGACUGGCAACAACACCGUGGAGGUGUCAAUUCACAAUAGGCUGCUGCAGACCUACCACAUGACCCAGCCCAGCCCUGAUAGGCUCCUGCAGACCUACCAUCUGACCCAGCCCAGCCCCGAUAGGCUGCUCCAGACGUACCAUGUGACCGGUCCUGACUCCACCCAGCUGGCUCUGGCAGCUCCCCCUGCCAUGCUAAGCCCCACACACCCCGGGGACAUUCGCCCAGACACCCUCAUUCAAUGCCAGCAGAUUGUCAAGGUGAUUGUUGUGGACCAGAGCGGCCGUGGGCGAAUGGAAGCCUUCCUCAGCCAAGGAAGUCCCUCCUCCCACCACCGUCUCAUCCAAUCAGCAAUGUCCACCCCAGUACGGGUCAGAGAGGGAUCUGAGCCCCCUCUGCCUCCCCCUCCACCCCCCUACAACCACCCUCACCAGUACUGUCCCCCCGACUCCCCCUUGCCCCUCCCACACACCCUACCUCACCCUCUCCGCAGGCGCAACUCUAGUGGCUCCCGCAGCCUCGUCUGACAUAAGGGCCUCCACCACUGACACCACCAGGCCGUUUUAUUUAAUAGUCAUGUACAGAGACACACAACACAAAGACACAGCCAGGGAUAGAGGAAGGAGCGUGAUGAAGAACGUAGAUAGAGGAAGAGGAGAGAAGGAGACACUGGGGACAAUAGAGAAGAUUCCGUAGAAAUCAAGUCAUCUGUAUGGUGUUUUGGAAUAUGAUAUCAUUUUGACAACCUUUCUACCAAUACAUUUUCUGACCUUGCAUCUGUGAUGUAUGACGUGUACCUGGCUUUAAAAAAUACCCUUUAGGACCCUCUUCCAUUCUAAACCCUAAUAUCACAGCCAAUGGAUCUCCUCCCAGUGGAGGGAGCUGCCUGGACAAGUUGACUGGUUUCCAUCACAUCUUCAACUCUCCAGGGUUUCUGCCCUGCUAUUUGUCAGUCUAUGUUUUGAUGAUGUGUUACAAGGUGAUCAUUAAAUGCUAAUAAUACUUCAGAUUUUUCAAAGGAAGUGAGUACAUCAGAGCAGCUGACUGUAUCUCCAGAGUCCUCACAGAAGAUUACAAUAUGUGUCUCUAUUUGUAACGUCUGACUUCUACCCUGAUUAUAUUGUGGGCUACGUGGAUUUGUGAGAUUACGAAGGUGUGCCAUUGUGUGUGAGUGUGUGCAUGUAAAACAGUGUGUCUGUCCGCGUGCUUGUAUGAAGCCAAUACCAUUGUAAACUCAGAGGUUUUGCUACAUGGGUCUAAACCUUACACUCAGGAAACACCAGUUAUGACGACACGCUGUUCAGCAUUCUAACUUAACAUUUGAUUGGUUGAUAACAUCACCUUAUUAGUUUGUAAUGUUCUAUUAAUUACUGGUUGAUAAAAAAAGAUGAACAUAGUAUUUAAUUCUUUAAUAAUCUGCAUCUUUUACAUUCUAUCUGAUUAGUCCUGUUGAAUAUGCAAUGUUACGUUCUGAACUUAAAUGGGUUAAGUAUUAUCCAUUCUCACAUGAUUAACCUGUUCUAUUUUUCACUGGACUGCAUGUUACAGUAUACACAAAGAUGUAUACACACACACACACACACACACAGGGCAUCAAAACAGAGAAUAUGACUUAUGAAGUAUGUUUUAUCAGAUUAUUGAAUCUGUUUGAUUAUUAUAAUUAUUGAUUGUUGUCACAUCUUUUCCUUCCCCACUCUCUGAGGGAUUUGGUACUUAGUGAUCCACAGACUGAUCCUCUAAUUGUUGCACCAUAUUAUUUCAUCAGAACAAUGGAGAUGUGUGUAUAUAGGGGACAUAGAUUUAAUAGAGAAAGGCUGAGUGCCAAUGUGUGCAUUUCUGUAUUUGUUCAGAGAGGAAGAAAAUGUAUUUACUUUGGAUGAUAAAAAAAUAUUAGUUUUUCAGAUUAUAGCCGCGACAGAACCCCCACUGUUGCCAUGGUGUGCAGAAUAGGCAGUCCAGUUACCAUGGAAAUGUGCACGGAGAUGAUGACACAUCUACAUGAUGACAUCCCUACAUUAUCAGGGCUCUGUGUUAAGGGCUAUACUGUAGCUGUGACCGCGCUCGCGUUAGCAUUAGAUGGUUUAGUGGAAGUCCGCAGCAGUCAAGGUAGACCUUUUAGCAUGUUCUAAAAGCCCAAAAUGUAGUCGUCCUAGCCCUAGUCUGGGUCACCUGUCCUGCACCCAUCUGGGAGAUGUGCUUCACUGAGCAUCGUCACAUUUAUAAAGUAUUUACUAAGAGGAUAUCAUGUUUAUAACAGUUACAGUGUUUAUUAAAUUCAUAUUUCUAAAGAUUUCUGUUGGAAGAGAAUUAAAGAAUAAAGUAGUUUGUACUCUG